GGCGGGGGCAAUUUCGGGCGUCAAGCCCCCCCGUGUGAGAUCUGGAACCCUCCGGAGCUGAGAAGUACCAUGAAGAUCGCCCCCCUUGCUGCGCCAGCGCAAGGCGAGACCUUGAACCUCCCCGCUGCCGGUGGGGUUAUCGCUCUCCAGAAACCGAGAGUUCCGGGGAAGAUGACCUGCGCGAACAUACAGUGUCUCACGAAUUAUUACAAACUCAACCUUGGUAAGAGAUUCUCGGUUGCGUAUUUUUACACAGUCAAGAUCACAAGAGUCGGCAGGGCGCCCACAAAUCCGAGUACGAAGGUCGAACCCCUGAAACCCGCGGCGGGACCCCGCAAGGAGCGAAAGUUGGGACUGAAGCUCAACAAGCUCAUCUUCCGCGAGCUCAGCAGGCACGACGCCGGCGACCAGCUCCUCGCAUACGACGGACGUGCGAGAGCCUGUGGCUUAAAACGAAUCCCUAACGAUGCAUUGAAUCUCGUCGUCGGUUUCGACAAUGAUCAAUGGGAAUUGACGUUGUCAUUCGAAAAGUCAGUCCAGCUUACAGGCCUCAUGCCUGGGCCCGAGUUCGGCAAAGCCGACGAUGAGGAGGAGGCUCUCCUCGGGGUCGCUAUCGCUCUGAAUCACAUGCCAGCGCUUCAGUUCACGCCUCUCGGCAGAGGUUUUUACGGGCUGCCCGGGGAGACUCCGCGGAGCAUCAGUGGCGGCUUCGAACUCUGGUCAGGUUACAAAGCUCAUGUGAUUCCUGGACAAGACAGUUUGUAUCUCAACGUGAAUUUCGCGAUUACGGCCUUCAUCAAGCCCGGAGAACUCAUCGACUUGCUCCCCGACUUGAUUCGUGAGAAUUCAGUUCCUCCAUCGCUCCACAACAAGCACAUUGCCGAGCUGAAGAAGAAACUGACCCGAUGCAAGAUCGAGUGCGAGCAUUUGAAGAGUACUAACAAGCCGAAGAAGAUGACCGUUGCCACCAUCACCUCGCUGCCGGCAUCGCAAAUUACCUUCGUAAACCGAGAAGGUCGCACGGUAACAGUAGCGCAGUAUUUCGCCGAAACUUACUCUAAACUCCAGUAUCCGAACUUGCCCUGCGUCCAAGUCGGGACAGAAAAGCCGAGAUACUUCCCGCUGGAGAAAGUGACCGUUCUCAAGGGGAAUCCCUACCGUGGUGAGCAGACACCGCAGAUGGUGAGCGACAUCAUCAGACAGGCGGCCAUAAAACCCAGAAAUCGUCUUGAGGAGAUCAGGCACACCGUGAAGAUUCUCCGAGGUCAAAAUGAACUCCAGAACGAGUUCGACAUGCAGAUCGGCGAAGAGCUCACCGUUCCAGCCCGCAUCCUGCCCGUACCGAUUCUCGAAUGCGGUGCGAUGAACGGCAACCAGCGCAAGACAGUGAAAGUCACUCCCGGAGUCAUAGACUUCAGGAGUGAUAAGUUCUUCUCGGGCUCGAGGAUCACGAAAUGGACCGUGGUGAUUACGGACGAGCGCGCGAGUCAGAGGGAUGUAUCAGCAUUCGUCGAAGUGCUGCAGAGACAAGGAGCGCAGACUAAUGUCCAGAUCGCGCCUCCAAUGAGGGUCGGCGGCGCAUUCUACACGAUAAGCGACCGGCUCAGCUUCGAAAAAGUCGAGAAACAGAUCGAGUCAUUCGUGGGACAAAAUGGGCUGGAGUUCGUGCUGUUCGUGAUCAGCGAGUCGAGCCCGAUUCACGCCGCAAUCAAAUUUGUUUGCGACGUCAAGCUGGGCGUAUCUUCGAAGUGCGUCAAGGGUGCGACUGUCUACAAGGUCACCAACAACCAGCGAGGUGGUCCCGAUCAGGUCAUCCUGAACAUCCUCUAUGGUCUAAAUCCUAAAUUCGACGGUGAGAACGUUCUCGCCGGCUCGCAGGAAUUCGCUCGUCAGUUCCUGGAGAGCAGCCCAACCCUCAUCAUCGGAAUGGAUGUCAACCACGGCCAGGCGAAGGCGAGAGACGGUCACGUCAAGAUGCCAUCGACCGUGGGUAUCGUUGGUACCCGAAACAGGAACGCGACUCUGUACAACGCCUAUAUGAGGGCUCAGGCGAAGCCACCGAACUCUGCCGACAAGGAAGUCAUCCAACCUCAGAUUCUGAAAACCGCUAUGGACAAACUGCUCCGUGGCUUCCGCGAAGGGUCGAACGCGAUCCCUCAAAGGAUCAUCGUUUACCGCGACGGUGUUUCGAACGGUCAGUUUAACGCCGUGCUCGACAAGGAGCUGAGAGCCAUCGUUGAAACUUGCCAGGCGCUCAAUAAGGACUACAGGCCCACGAUCACUUUCAUCACUGUUCAAAAACGCCACGACACCCGGCUGUUCCCGACCAAGGUGACCAAGAACCAUAAGGGUGAUGAAAAGCAGAAUCCGAUUGCCGGAACCGUCGUGGACAACACCAUGACGGGCUCCAGAGUCUGGAGUUUUUUCCUGGUUUCCCACGAGGGAAUUCAGGGAACCUCAAAGCCCGCCCACUACACAGUUCUCCGCGACGAAAACAACUUUACAAACGAUCAGCUGCAAAGUCUGACAUACUACAUGUGUCACACUUACGGCAAGUGCCCGCGUGCGGUGUCGCUCCCCGCGCCCGUCUACUACGCGCAUCACGUCGCUUUUAGGGCUGCCGAACUCGGAACCCAUCGCUUCUUCCAGGACCCGAGACACAGGGACAUAGACGCAAGGACGAAUUCGUCCGGACCGAACGGAGCUGUUCAGCUCGCUGAAGAUGAGAAAUUCGUCCUCAACACCUACAACGAGGCAUGCUUGAUCUCCGCCAAAUACGCGAAGUCGAUGUAUUUCCUGUAAGCGAUCACAGAAUCGCGCAUGCUCGAUUUGAGCUCAAUACAUCGCGUAAGACCAUUAUGCUAAGAAAAAACAUUCGAUACGUUAGGUGGAAUGCUUUGAUUUUUCCGCAGUAUUACCAUGUGCAUUGAAGGCAGCGGCUCGGAACGAACCGGCGGCUCGUCUCCAGCCGCUUCCAAUAGUGCGCCUCGUCUUUAUGGAGCAAAGCUAUUCUCGCCAUUUACCUUUAUCGCAACGUCGCGGGGAAAGUCCCGAGAAAAACGACCCCCGGAACGGCAAAGCAAAUAUUUUAAAUCUCUUGUGGUCAAAGCGAUAGGAGAGAAUACUAAUAAAGGAUGCUUAAAGUAGAGGAA